AUGGCGAGAUAUACGGUCAAGGUCGUAGCUGGAUCGCGCACAGUGAGCUUACUCGUCGUGCUUUCGCCGUCCCAGUCCUGCUCGGCCUUGCUCGACAAGGUCAGGUCACGCCUGCCAGAUUUCAGCGUCCCCGCACAUGGAACUCAGAUUAUCCUGCGCCUGGACACCCAAUUCGGACCGGUUCUGGAUCUCGAUGACCUCUUGUCUGACGUCUUACCCAACACUGAUGAGACUGUCUACGCAGUCGUCUACAGGCUGCUGCCUGCCCAGCGGAUGACAUCUCUAGGAGCCAAUGUCAAUGAGCAGCACGACGACUCAACUCAGCGAACCCGUCCCACGACUCCCUCUGAUUACGCAUCCACCGAACAGCAGACUGAGAGCAAUGACCUCAACGGACCGCCCGAGGCACCUGCCACCUCACACGCUGUUAUCGACCUCGACCCCUUGAUGACCAUGCUAGACAGCCCUACACCACCUGACAUCACCGAAGAAGUUUACGCGAGGACCAUAGCGCCUUUCGGGCAGGCGCUGAGGGCCUCUGAGGAGAACAUGGUUUACACCGACCCAGCGAUGACCUUCGGCGACCCCAACGUAUGUGCAGAACAGCAGUGGUAUGACCCGGUGUUCUGCGACAUCCUUUAUCCUCAUCUGUCGCACAUCCAGGAACGUCUUCGCCAGCUCAAGCUGGAGCAGGCAUCGCUUGAAGACACCACGCUUGCGCUCGCAGACUUGAAGGAGGACCGACUGUUGGCAAAAGAAAUUCGCGCGUUGAAAGAUGCCGUUGAUGUGAUCCUCACCCGAGCUACGUUCAAGAGGGUCGAUGACGUCCAGAAGCAGACCGGCGAUUUACAACCAACCGACAACUCACACGUUAACUGA